AUGAGUCAAGUUAAUACGAGCCAAGGACCAGUGGCUCAAGGCCGUCAAAGGAGAUUGUCGUCACUAAGUGAGUUCAAUGAUCCAUUUUCGAAUGCGGAAGUCUACUACGGCCCUCCAACAGAUCCAAGAAAGCAGAAGCAGGCAAAGCCCGCUAAGAUUAAUCGUACGAGGACUAUGAGUGUUUUCGAUAAUGUAUCUCCUUUCAAGAAAACUGGUUUUGGUAAACUUCAACAGACUAGGCGUGGUUCUGAGGAUGAUACCUAUUCAAGCAGUCAAGGUAACCGUCGUUUCUUCAUCGAAGAUGUUGAUAAAACACUCAAUGAACUUCUGGCUGCUGAGGAUACCGAUAAGAAUUAUCAGAUCACCAUAGAGGAUACCGGUCCAAAAGUCUUGAAGGUCGGUACCGCAAACUCUUACGGCUAUAAGCAUAUUAAUAUUAGGGGUACAUAUAUGUUAUCUAAUUUGUUGCAGGAAUUGACCAUUGCAAAGAGUUUCGGCAGACACCAAAUCUUCUUAGAUGAAGCUCGUAUAAACGAAAAUCCUGUCAACAGAUUAUCGAGAUUGAUAAACACCCAGUUUUGGAACUCUCUAACCAGAAGAGUUGAUCUGAACAAUGUGGGUGAAAUUGCUAAAGAUACCAAGAUUGAUACGCCGGGGGCAAAAAACCCUAGAAUUUAUGUUCCUUAUGAUUGUCCAGAACAAUACGAAUUUUAUGUUCAAGCUUCUCAAAUGCAUCCAUCUUUGAAAUUAGAAGUUGAAUAUUUACCAAAAAAAAUAACCGCAGAAUACGUCAAAUCUGUCAAUGAUACGCCCGGUUUACUAGCAUUAGCUAUGGAAGAGCAUUUCAAUCCUUCUACUGGUGAAAAAACUCUCAUUGGUUACCCUUAUGCUGUUCCUGGUGGUAGAUUCAAUGAAUUAUAUGGUUGGGAUUCCUACAUGAUGGCAUUAGGUCUCUUAGAAGCCAACAAGACUGAUGUUGCAAGGGGUAUGGUAGAGCAUUUUAUUUUCGAGAUCAAUCACUAUGGCAAAAUAUUGAAUGCUAACAGAAGCUACUAUCUAUGCAGAUCACAACCUCCAUUCUUAACUGAAAUGGCCUUAGUAGUAUUCAAAAAACUUGGUGGUAAGAGUAAUCCCGAUGCUGUGGAUUUGUUGAAAAGAGCUUUUAAAGCCAGCAUAAAAGAGUAUAAAACUGUUUGGACCGCAUCUCCAAGGCUUGAUCCAGAAACAGGUUUAUCCAGAUACCAUCCUAAUGGUCUCGGUAUUCCUCCAGAAACUGAAAGUGAUCACUUCGAUACCGUUUUACUACCAUAUGCAUCGAAACACGGCGUUACAUUGGAUGAAUUUAAGCAACUUUACAACGAUGGUAAGAUAAAGGAGCCUAAAUUGGAUGAAUUUUUCCUUCACGACCGUGGCGUUAGAGAAUCUGGACAUGACACCACAUACAGAUUUGAAGGCGUAUGUGCCUACUUGGCCACUAUUGAUCUGAACUCCCUUCUUUACAAAUAUGAGAUUGAUAUUGCAAACUUUAUAAAGGAAUUCUGCGAUGAUAAAUAUGAAGAUCCUUUGGACCAUUCAACAACAACUUCAGAUACGUGGAAAGAAAUGGCUAAAAUCAGACAGGAAAAGAUUACGAAAUAUAUGUGGGAUGAUGAGUCGGGCUUUUUCUUCGACUAUAACACAAAGAUCAAACAUAGAACGUCAUACGAAUCGGCAACUACAUUUUGGGCCUUAUGGGCUGGACUUGCAACGAAGGAGCAAGCGCAGAAAAUGGUGGACAAAGCAUUACCUAAGUUGGAGAUGCUUGGAGGUUUAGCGGCUUGUACAGAACGUUCUAGAGGCCCAAUUUCUAUUUCGAGACCGAUUAGGCAAUGGGACUAUCCAUUCGGUUGGGCACCUCAUCAAAUUCUUGCUUGGGAAGGUCUUCGUUCUUAUGGUUAUUUAACUGUGACGAAUAGGCUAGCUUACAGAUGGCUUUUCAUGAUGACAAAGGCUUUUGUUGAUUAUAAUGGUAUUGUAGUUGAAAAAUAUGAUGUCACAAGAGGGACAGAUCCUCACCGUGUCGAAGCGGAAUACGGUAAUCAAGGUGCUGACUUUAAAGGUGCCGCUACUGAAGGCUUUGGAUGGGUCAAUGCCAGUUAUAUUCUUGGUUUGAAGUACAUGAACAGUCACGCAAGAAGAGCGCUUGGUGCUUGCAUUCCACCAAUAUCAUUCUUUAGCAGUUUAAGACCUCAAGAAAGAAACCUUUAUGGACUAUAG